AUGAAACUGGACAAUUAUAAUCGUGGUACAAAUAACAGCGAUGUUUGCGAUACAAACUGUAGUCAAUGGAAAUUUGACCAAACAUUUGGCAAUACAAUUAUUGAAGAGUUUGAGCUAGUUUGCGACAAAGCAUGGCUGCCAUCGCUAUCGCAAUCCAUCUACCAAUCGGGUUACGCCGUCAACGGCCUAAUACUAGGCUAUCUGUCCGAUCGGUACGGACGCCGACCUGUGCUCUGGUUGGCUGUAAUACUGGAGAUAUGCGGCGGUCUAUCAGUCAUACUAUCAAACUCUAUGACACAGUAUAUCGUAAGCAGAUUUUUUCUCGGUUUGGGCGAUAGUGGGCGCGGGUUUGGUUCAAAGCACAGGGCCAAUGUGAUACUAUUAAUUAGUUUUGGUUCAAUACUAGGCUUUAUAACACUGCCCGGUGCCGCGUAUUUGACACAUAAUUACCGGUACCUGCAGUUAAUACCAACACUAGUGGCUCUAGUUUUGCUUAUUUCGUGGUUGUGGUCAAUUCCGGAAUCACCCAGAUGGUUAUUGUGUAAAGGUGAUUUAAAUACAACAAAACAAAGUUUAAUGAAAUGUGCAAAAAUAAAUGGCCAAGAUGUAACUAAUUUUGAGCAACAAUUUGGCGAGCUUGAAAAGCACAUUAAAAUGUUAUAA